AUGGCGGGCAAAAUGACUCUGUACAAGUUGGUGGUGCUUGGAGAUGGCGGUGUCGGCAAGACUGCCCUCACAAUCCAGCUCUGUCUCAACCACUUUGUCGAAACCUACGACCCGACCAUUGAGGAUUCAUACCGCAAGCAAGUGCAGAUUGAUGGCCAAUCAUGCAUGCUCGAGGUGCUGGACACGGCAGGCCAGGAAGAGUAUGUGUCGCUGAGAGACCAGUGGAUUCGGGAUGGUGAAGGCUUCAUCCUGGUCUACAGCAUAUCCUCGCGCGCCUCGUUCCAACGCAUCAAAAAGUUCUACAGCCAGAUCCAACGCGUCAAGGAGUCCGCACAAGCCGGUUCGCCCACCUACCCUGGCUCGCCCAGCCUCUCCGCCCCAUCAUCCUCCGGUCCUGCGCCCGUCAUGCUUGUCGGCAACAAGUGCGAUCGCGUCACCGAGCGCGAGGUCUCUACCCAGGAAGGUGCCGCUCUUGCUCGCGAGCUAGGCUGUGAGUUCGUCGAGGCUUCGGCCAAAAACUGCGUCAAUGUCGAAAAGGCCUUCUACGACGUCGUCCGCCAGCUGCGCCGUCAAAGACACAAUUCUGCUGGUGGCAGAGGCGGCGGCGGUAAGAAAGACUCUGGCCGCUCGCAUACUGGCGACAGUCGCGGAACCGUCAAGAAAUCCAAACGUUCAGGCGGAAAGUGUGUCAUCCUUUGAGCGCCCUUCUUCAUCUUCUGCAUAUCAUCACGACGACCAUACGACUUUGCAGAGCCUUGUUUCUAUUCGGCCAUGUCCUUCGCAUGUGCCUAUCGCCAUGACGACCACUUGUCUCUUUUCCUUGAAUACCAACCCCCUCCCUUUCUAUUCUCUCUCUACCUUCUCACCCUCAGGCUUGAGAAGCGCAUUGGGCUUGGUCGCUUUCCAUGCUCCGAGGCCACGAAUUUGGUUUCGCCAGUAUCUGAGAAAUUCAUCACCAAAACCAUCUGCUAGGAGCAGUAACAUCUCGGCCAUUUGCAAAAAAAUGACUAGCGAAAUCGAUUCCUCCCUCCUGCCUCCUGCUCUCGCCCUUCAACCUCUUGCUACGGGCUUUUAUUAAAAUAAGGUCACGUCCUACAUACUGAGUGCGAUCCAGACAUUGCGUCUGACGGUGACGUACUUGUCGGCUUUCGCGAAACCACGGAAGACAUAUCAUUUUACACUCCGUCGUCUU